AUGGAUAAUAAUUAUUUGAAGAAUAUAAGCAAGGAUUAGUAUAUGAUUGUUAGAUUCAGUGAUGGCAUAGGACAAUAUCAAAGCAUUUUAGCUAAGGAAUUUCAUUAAAAUAAAUUAGAAAAUGCAACUUAAAAAACUUAGAGAGAAAAAAUGAAAGAGUUCUUUAAAAGUAAGUUAGAUUGA